GAGCUAGUAAAAGUGACGGUUGUUCAACGUCAUGCAGUCGUUCAUUGACCUGCCGAGAUGUAACGUGUAUUUCGCGUAACAUUCGCACAUAAAGGUCAAAAUAACAUAGAUUGUAUAAAACCAGCAAAUUCUCAACAACAGAGUGCUAUUGUGAAUUGCGCGACCGCAACGCAGUGUAUGAAUAUUCCGUGAGAUAUUAACCAUUCUGUCAUUAUGUCUGUUAUAUUGCUCAUCAUAGAAAUAAUAAUUAUAGGCGGAAUGAUAGUUGGACUGUAUCAGAAGAAUACAAAUCUAAUGUGCAAAUCUAAAAGAAGACUAGAUGGGAAAACGGCAGUAGUCAUUGGCGGUACAGCUGGUAUGGGAUUAGAGAUUGCAGCUGAUUUUGCUCAUAGAGGCGCCAAAGUUAUAAUAGCCUGUCCUAUAGAAGAAGAAGGACAACAAGCAAAAAAAAUAAUAAUCAAAAGUUCCAACAAUGAAAAUAUCGUAUUUAAGUUAUUGGAUUUGGCGUCGUUGCAGUCUGUGAGAAGUUUCGCUGCAGACAUUCUAAAGACUGAAGAGAGAUUGGAUUUACUGAUCAACAAUGCUGGAGUUGGAACUCCUGGUGAUUUCUUAACAAGAGACGGCAUGAAUUUCAUAAUGCAAGUGAACUAUUUUGGAAUUUUUCUGGUGACAAUGUUACUGCUACCGCUUCUGAAAAAGACUGGGACAGAGUCUGAACCGAGUAGGAUAGUAAACACGUCAUCGGUCAUGCAUAAAAUUGGAAGACUUGAUUUUAAGAAUUGGAACAAAGUUGGGUACUGGUAUAAGAUACAAAUCUAUGGGAACAGUAAACUGUGUCUUUUAGUGUUCACCCGUGAAUUGGCCAAGAGAUUAAAGGGUACUAAUGUUGUUGUGAACGCUGUAGAUCCUGGCGCGGUAGGAACGAAAAUAUUUCAAAGCGCCGGCGUAUCUUUCGGUAGUUUCGUAACGUUUAUCUUCAUGAUCUUGUUUAAACAGCCUUGGGAAGGUGCGCAAACUGCUAUUUAUACAGCGAUGAGCUUAAGAGCAGGGCAAGUUAGUGGGCAAUUUUUCAAAAAUUGUCAAUUAAACAAAAACUUUAAUAUUCCAUACGAUGAGGAAACAUUACAAAGAUUUUGGAACGAAUCGAUUGAAUGUGUGAAAUUAUAAUACGAUUUAAUAGUAAUUUCAAAAUGUAAAUUAUUAUGUGACCUGUUUAUAAAUAGGUAUAAGUGUGUGAUAUUGAUUUGUUGUAA